UAAUCUGUCACAUGAUACAGUGCUCACCAUGGCUGCAGACAACCUACCAUCCGAAUUUGAUGUUAUCAUACUCGGGACAGGCCUGUCUGAGUCUGUUAUUGCAGCGGCAUGCUCCCGUGUUGGACAGAGGGUCUUGCAUGUUGACAGGAGAAACUACUAUGCUGGAAACUGGGCCAGUUUCACAUUCAAUGGACUGCUGUCCUGGAUUGAGGAGUACAAACAGGCUGGCCAGAGUGAGGAGGCUGUACAGGAGGACUGGAAGGAGAAGCUGGAGGAGGGAGAGGAGGCCCUGGCGCUCAGCUCGAUGGACACGUCCAUCUCCAACCUGGAAGUGUUCUGCUACGCCAGUGAGGAGCCUGAGGAGGAGGUGAAUGAGGCUGCGGCUGCGGCCUGGUCCGUCCCUCAAACACCAGACUCAGAGGGGGAGGUAGAGAGGUGUCUGCUCGAGAGCAGUUCUGUGGAGGAGGAAGAGCCAGGGGUGGCCAGUGACGAGGCGUCUCCAGCCUCUGGACCUGAUGCUGGGGCAGAGCAGACCCGGCAGGAGGGAGAGGUGCCCAGCCAGGCAGAGGAGACCCAGGGGAAGGAGCAGCAGGCCAGCCCCUCUCCAGCUGAGAGCCAACCAGAGCCCAAGAAAAAGAUCACCUAUACCAAGAUUGUUAAGGAGGGACGGAGGUUCAACAUUGACCUUGUGUCUAAGCUUAUGUUCUCUCGUGGCUCACUGGUGGACCUCCUCAUCAAGUCCAACGUCAGCCGAUACGCAGAGUUUAAAAACGUCACCCGCAUCCUCACCUACCGUAACGGGAAGGUGGAACAGGUGCCCUGCUCCAGGGCUGAUGUUUUUGGCAGCAAGCAGCUGACAGUGGUGGAGAAAAGGAUGCUGAUGAAGUUCCUCACCUUUUGCCUGGACUUUGAGCAGCACCCAGAGGAGUACCAGGACUUCUCGGAGCAUUCCUUCUGGGACUUCCUGCAGACCAAGAAGCUGACGGAGAACCUGCAGCAUUUCAUCCUUCACUCCAUUGCCAUGGUGAUCCCGGAGGUGUGCACGGUGGAAGGACUGAGAGCCACGCAGCACUUCCUGCGUUGUCUGGGGCGCUACGGCAACACGCCCUUCCUGUUCCCCCUCUACGGCCUGGGGGAGAUCCCUCAGUGCUUCUGCAGGAUGUGUGCUGUCUUUGGAGGGAUCUAUUGUCUUCGCCACUCAGUUCAGUGUCUGGUUCUGGACAAGGAGUCCGGCAAGUGCAAAGCUGUGAUUGACACUCAUGGUCAGAGAAUCAGCUGUAGUCACUUUGUGGUGGAGGAUGGCUACAUCGGGGCAGAGCAGAGGAAGAACACGGAUUCCAGGCAGAUAUCCAGAGCGGUUCUCAUCACAGACCGGUCAAUUCUGCCAUCCGAUUCUGAACAGCAGAUCUCCCUGGUCACUGUGCCUCCCGUGGAGCCUGGUGGUCCCCUGGUCCGUAUCAUAGAGCUCUGCUCUUCCACCAUGACCUGCAUGCUAGACACCUAUCUGGUGCACCUGACAUGUUCCUCUGCCUCUGGCUCUGCCCAAGAAGACCUGGCUCCUGUGGUGUCCAGGCUCUUCUACACACCAGCUAGUCCUGGAGAGGAACCCGCAGAAGGAGAGGAGGAGAGCAGGGGACCGACGGUGCUGUGGGCCCUGUACUUCAACAUGAGGGACACCUCUGCUGUGGACAGGAGCAGCUAUGACCUGCCCAGUAACGUACAUGUGUGUGCCAGCCCUGAUACCGCCCUGGGCAGUGACCACUCCAUCAAACUGGCCGAGGCAGUGUUCCGCCAGCUUCUCCCUGAUGAGGAGUUCUGCCCCCCGGCCCCCAACCCCGAGGACAUCAUCUACGAUGGGGACGGGCCCCAGGGGGAGGGUCCGGGCUUUGAGGAGGCUGCACCAGCAGAGGGUGCUGGUGCCCAAGGAGGAGAGAGCGCUGAGAGACAGGAGGGAAAGGAAGCAGUGGAAGAAAUGGAGGGGGCGGGAGACGCAGUAACACAGGAAACUGGGGCUGGGGAUGAGCCGAGCCUCACCAGUGAGGAAUAACCCCACGCACCCCUCCGUGUACAAACAGACUGCUGCCUUCUGCCUCAGAGUCCUGGCAUGUACAGCAGUCAGUCAGCACUCCUCUGAAGGCCUCAUGGCUGGACUCUGUGGUCUUGGUAACCAGAAAGCGUUCUCAUCCCCAGAAAGCCUUAGAGGGAUCAUCUUCACCAUCUUUGAUGUGGUCACCUGCAGAGACAUUAUAUACAUAUAUAUAUAUAUACAGUAUUUACAUUGAUAUGCACAGUAUAUUCAUGGAGUCAUUUCUUUACUGGGCACUAUAUAACACUCUACUCACUGUAUUUGACCUCUCACCUGAGGUUGAUGUAAAGGUUCUUCUGAGUGGGGGGGGGGUGCUGUUUCAGGUCUGCUUUGGGGAUGUGAUUGGUUUUAAUGGGUUACCCCCAUUUUCUUCAUUAUUUAUAUUUGUCCCAUUUUUUCCCCCCGUCUGCUGCUACUGAAAUAAUUUGCAGCGGCCUGUUCUUUUUAAAAGCCGUUCCAUUGUGAUGCGUGUUCUUUAUCAGGGUCUCCGGUGUCGAGCCAUAAGAAAUGGUUGCCUUUUUUUCCUUUUUGUACUCAUGUUAGAGUUUUGCUCAGCCACAGGGCCUGAUGCAGUUUUGUUUCCCGCCUCUUGUAAAUGUCUGGAAUGGGUUUCUGGGUGUUUUAAGGACUACAGUACUUGCUUACAGGAAAUAUGAGACACCUCCUCCUCGAUAAGAACCCCUCCCAAGACACUGGGCAAGGGAUAGCCUCUCAACUGAACUUGCAUGUUUUCACACACUCUGCUGUGCCAUCCAAUUGUACUCGAACCCCAUGUCUCUUUUUAAUGUGCUCAAGUAUUUAAACUCUGUUCUCUCAUAUGUAUUGUCACUAUCAUUUUUAAAAGGUUGACAACAUUAAAGUGCUACUGAAAAACUG